CCUUACUUGUUAAACAGAAAAGCAUGGUCUGCAUUUGCGCUAGCCAGCAGCGAAUAGUCAUGGAGGUUGAAACGGAGAGGACGAAACCUGCUGCUGUGUUCAUGGCCUUCGGUACCAAGGGCGAUGUCUAUCCAAUUGCUGCCAUUGCGGCGGCUUUUGCUUGUGACCAGAGCCAGUACGACGUUGUCCUCAUCACGCAUUCAGCGCAUGAGAACUUACGUUGUCAUUUGGCUGAAAAGCAUGUUUCGUAUCUUCCAAUUUCAUCAGCACCUGUUGUCCCAAUCCAUCAGGAACAUGGUAGUACAGAAGAACCAGGUUCUUUGGAGAAAAUCAUGUUUUCUGCUGAACACAGACAAGAAUGUUGUUUGGCAGUGGAGACGAUAUUUGGAUCAGGCCCGAGCAUGGAGGGUGAUUUUAUACUGAUCAAUUUCUUUGCUUUGGAAGGAUGGAGUAUUGCAGAACUUUUUCGUGUCCGUUGCAUAGUUGCUGCUCCUUAUGUUGUUCCAUAUAGUGCACCUUCGUCGUUUGAGCGCCAAUUUGAAAAAGAACUUCCACUUUUAUAUAAAUACCUACAGGAAGCUCACAACACUAAGGUUUGUUGGAAAGAUGUGAUCCACUGGAUGUGGCCACUUUUCAGCGAGUAUUGGGGAUCCUGGCGAUGUGAUGAUUUGAAUUUGAGUCCUUGCCCUUUUACGGAUCCAGUAACAGGUUUGCCCACUUGGCAUGAUAGGCCUCCAUCUCCGCUUCUUUUGUAUGGAUUUAGCAAAGAAAUAGUCGAGUGCCCUGGUUAUUGGCCAUCAAAUGUUCGGGUUUGUGGCUUUUGGUUUCUCCCAAAUGAAUGGCAGUUUUCAUGUAAGCAGUGCAGUGAACUUUCCAGAAUUGUUUCUUCAGAGCGUCUUUACACAAAAGAUGAAAUGUGUUCAGCUCAUGUUCAGUUAGAAUAUUUUUUGAAGACCCCAGUGUCUAUGCCACCUAUUUUCAUAGGCCUGAGCUCAAUUGGAAGCAUGGGAUUUUUAAAAAACGCUCAAGCGUUUCUUCGUCUUCUCCAAACAGUCUUAGAGAUAACAAAUUACCGCUUUAUCCUCUUUACAGCCGGCUACAUACCUUUAGAUGCAGCAAUCCGAGCAGUUGCCGCUGAGUCAUCACCAUAUGCAACCCACAAGCAGUUUAAUGACGAGUGCAUUUCUCUCUUCAAUGACCGACUCUUUUGCUUUUCUGGAACUGUACCGUACAAGUGGCUGUUUACUCGAUGUGCUGCUGCAAUUCAUCAUGGGGGAAGUGGCACUACUGCUGCAGCACUAUUGGCAGGAAUCCCACAGGUAGUAUGUCCAUUUGUGCUAGAUCAGUUUUACUGGGCUGAAAGAAUGUUUUGGCUUGGAGUAGCACCUGAGCCAUUGAAAAGAACCCAUUUACUUCCAGAAGCAAGUGGUGAGAAAAUAGCGGCAAAUUUUCUAUCGAGGGCCAUACAGGAUGCAUUAUCCCCUGAAAUUAAGGAACAUGCUGUAGAAGUUUCUAAGAGAAUCUCUCUUGAGGAUGGUGUCUCAAAUGCGGUCAAAUAUAUCAAGGAAGAGAUCGUUGGUGGUUCAAGCUGAUCAUUCGCAAUCUCUUGCACUGGCCUUCGGACAUAGUUUUCAGCAAUGCGGACAGUCGAGAUUCUGAAAAUGGUGGAAAUGCUUACUGCUUGGAUGGAAGCUUGUGCACAAGGGGCACGGUUUGCUUUGGAGAAGUUUUCUUCUAUACAAAGAUUUGGAGGAACUAAUGAUGUCUGUAAGAAGUUUUCUUACUAAGGAUGCCUAAAUCGCGUCGUACUUGGUAACCCCUCCUUCAAACUCAACAUUAGGAAUCUGAAUUAGGAAAUCUUUCAAUCACAAUCCUUUUCAUGUGUAGAACUUGAAACAUAACGUAGUGUAAAGUGUAAACACAACAUUGUCCAGGUAGGCUCACGUGUGCCGCCGGUGUGUCAAAUUUCCAUCUACUUUGAAAAGUGAAACAGAUGAAAGGGUGACAUGUUUCUAAGAAAGAAGAUAUAUGGAGCAUAUGAAGUAGCUUGUGUUUGAUAUUUGCUACUUUGAAAGAGAUGGUUGUACAUCUAACUCAGUUGAAAGGUUGGAGCAGAAACUGUAACUUGACGGAGAAAGAUAACCGCUAGUUAAUCUCUACGAGUGCUUCUACCAUACACCGGUGUAGAAGAUGCACUGAUUAUCUCUAGGAGUGUUUUUACGGUCUGAUGAUAUUCCUCUUCAUUUGUAAAUGAAAGAUCUUAGGUUUGGAUCUCAUAGAUGACGAAUUUGAUACCAAAUUAGGUUGUUCAUUGUGUGGCUUAACCGAACUUCCCUUCUCGUAGUGUAAAAUAUAACGUUAUACUAAAUAACGUUAUAUUACACUUGAAUUACAUAAGAAAUUCAAUAUUUUAUUACA